GUUCACAAGUGAAGACGAGCAUCAGAGCAUCAGGAAGAGCUCAAAGACUGAGUUUAAUAAAGAGGACAGAGAGAAGAUGAGAGAUCCAGAGCCCUGCAGAAUCAAACACACUGAAGAACAAACAGACCUGAUGGAAGAGAGCGAGGAGAGUGAAGAACUGAGUGAAGUGGAGGAGAAACAUCAUGUCAAACCUGGAGGAAAACCUUUGGGUCGCUCGAAGACUGAAAAGACAUUUUUAAAGAAAAGAAGAGCCAAGAAAUCUUUCACCUGCACUCAGUGCGGGAAGAGUUACACAACCAAACAUAAUCUUGAGUUUCACAUGAGAGUUCACACCGGAGAGAAGCCGUUCACGUGUGAUCAGUGCGGGACGAGUUUCACACAAAAAGGAAACCUUAAAGGACACAUGAGAGUUCACACGGGAGAAAAGCCGUUCUCGUGUGAUCAGUGCGGGAAGAGCUUCUCAACCAAACGUAAUCUUAAACUUCACAUGAGAGUUCACACCGGCGAGAAGCCGUUCUCGUGUGAUCAGUGCGGGACGAGUUUCACACAUAAACAUCAUCUCGAGCGUCACAGGAGAGUUCACACUGGAGAAAAGCCCUUCACAUGUGAUCAGUGCGGGAAGAGCUUCUCAGAAAAACAAAGUCUUGAGGAUCACAUAAGAAUUCAUACUGGAGAAAAACCAUUCACAUGCCAUCAGUGUGGGAAGAGCUUCAAGCUAUCAUCAUACCUUCAUGCUCACAUGAGGAUUCACACAAGAGAUAUUAUGUACCCAUGUGAUCACUGCGGCAAAACGUUUCUUUGGGCAUCAGACCUGAAGAAACACCUGGCAGUUCAUACGAAGGAGAAGCCACAUUCAUGUUCUGAAUGUGGAAAGAGUUUUUCACAGCUGCAAAGUUUACAGAAACAUGAGAAAAUGCAUGCUGAUGUGAGAGACUACAUGUGCUUUGAGUGUGACAAGACUUUUACUUCAGCGAGCUGCUUAAACCUGCACCAGAGGAUCCACACUGGAGAGAAACCUCACAAGUGUUCACACUGUGACAAGAGAUUCAGUCUGUCAGGAAAUCUGAAAAGACAUGAGAGGAUCCACAGCGGAGAGAAAGCGUACACAUGUGAUCAGUGCGGGAAGAGUUUCGCUUUUAAAAGUCACCUGAAGAUACACAUGAAGAUCCAUGCAGUGGAGAAACCAUACCUGAUGGAUGUGAACAAGAAAGGAAAACCAGAAGCCAAAGAAUCUGUCACCUGCCCUCAGUGUAAAAAAAAAGAUUGCAGUGUGAAUCAAGGCCAAAUGAGAGUUCACACUGGGAAUUUCGCUCUGAAAUCACAUCUGCCUUCUCGUUCUGAUAAUUAA